UUCUCUCUGUUGCUCACUCCAAGUUUGAAGCUCCGUGGCUGCCGAUUUCGAGCAUCAGACUACUUCCGUCUCUUCUCCUUCUCGGGGAUCACCGAUCUGCGGCGUACCUCCUUCGGCCCGCCGUAGUUUUCGUGUCGCUUCCCAGCUGAAGUGAAACAGGGUCUCAGUGGAUACAAAUUACAUGGUUUCAUGUUACACUGCGGGAUUGCAGAAAGGAAGCAAUUUCAUUCUGCAAGAGAACGCAAUCACUUAAUCUUAGUGCCUAUCCGCGUUGGAUUGGAAGUAUCUUGUGUCGGUCUAGCCGUGUCAUGGGUGACUUUACAGUUCAGAUCAGCAACGACCUUGUUGAUCGGCUUCUUGACAAGGGCGAGAAGUUGAAGAAAAAACCGAGGAAAAUCAAGCAAAAGGUACCGAAAGAGCCUCAAAGGCCCCCAGCUAAGGUUGAUCAGAAGCCAGUAUCUGAUGAUUCAGAAGCGUUCAAGAGACCUCCUGCUGGGUGGCCAGUCCAGCCUCCCCUGUUCUUCCCAGCUGCUCCUGCAUUAUCUUCGGCUGCAGAGUUAGAAGCAAUUCAGUCUCUUCUAAAAGAGAGUAAAAGUGUUGUCGAGAAGCUGCAGAAGCAGGAAGAGAACAUUGUUCAGGAGGUUACUCAGAGAGCGAAGGAUCUCCGAGAUAAGGAGUUCAAGCUUCCUUAUCAGAAGCCUAUGCCAUGUUUGGCCGAAAACAAUGCCUGCUUAGAGUGCUACAAGGAGCAUUCCAAGGACCCCCUGAAAUGCACCCAUUUGGUAAGAAACUUUGCGGAUUGUGCUCGAAGAGCGAGGCAGCAAGUCAGUUCAGCGGAUAAGUAAAUUUCUGCCGAUUCUUUUUUGGUCAGUUUGACAACGCUAGCUGUUCAUCCGCCUGAAGAGAGUUUCAAUUUUAAGCUAGCCAAUAAAUGAAAACGGUGUCCGACUGUAACUCUAGUUACAACCCUGCCAAUGGCUGAAUGUAAUGUGGGAUUGUUUCACCGAUGUUUUUUCCGGCGGUUGUUCGCAAAAGUGAUAGUCUUUUUCCGACGGUUGUUCGCAAAA